AUUAUGUGUGCCCACGAUUUGAAGAUGUAGACGUUGAUAGUAAAAAGGACCGUAGUUCUAACAAUAUUCAAUUAAAGGAUUUAAAAAUUGUAUUGCAACAGAUCAAUCCUCAAAAUUUAAGCCAAGCAGCAGUAGAUGAUGCGCCAUCUCAGUCUAAAUCGACCCGAUAUAGUCAAAUAUAUUCCUCUUCUGAGGAAUCUGAGACACAUGACGAUGACGAUACCCAAAAAGUUGUAUGUUCUUUAUGACAAAAAUUAGAAAAAUUGGAAGAUAUUACAGUAAACACAGCAUUACCUGAUGUCAGAUCUUUGUCACGUGAAACGUCUCCGUUUCAUGAAAGAUCACGGACAAGCACGUCACUAUCACAUCGCAGGUCACGCUCCCGUCAACGGUCGCCCUCACGACGGACGUCACCGUUACAAAUAAGGUCGUUUCCGCCUCAAACGUCACAGUCAUCUCAAAAGUCACGAAUACGUCAAAGGUCAUCGUCACGUCGUAGGUCAGAGUCACAGACAAGGCCAAUGACACCUGAAGCGUCAACGUCACGUCAAAGAUCACCGUUACGUCAAAGGUCACCAUUACGUGAAAAGUCAUCGUCACGUCAUGGGUCAGAAUCACGGACAAGGAUACUGUCACCUGAAGCGUCAACGUCACGUCAUAGAUCACCCUUACGUCGAAGGUCACAAUCACGUCAUAGGACAAAGUCACGGACAAGGCCAUUGCCACAUCGAGCGUCAACGUCGCGUCAUAGGUCACCGUUACGUCAAAGAUCACGAUCACGUCAAAGGCCAACAUCACGUGAAAGACGAUUGCCUCCAAACGAAGGACAUGAAGGGAGAGCGCGUGGUCAAAAACGUUCAAAGAAAACAAUGGCAGAGUUUAUUCUUGAUUGCAUAGAGUUUUAUUCAGCGAGAGAUGGUUAUGGACACGAGGAAAGGCGCAAGCGAUAUCAGAGACCUAAUGAUGACCAGCUAUAUCUGGGAGAAAAUAUAUACAUUGGAAGUUUUCAAUGGGAGCUUUUGCAAAGAGAGAGGCCCUCUACAUUUUUAAUUUAUCUGGCUUUGCACAUAUGGGAUUCGCGUGAUUUAUGUAAUAGAGCCUUAGAUGUUAGCAAAGUUAACAAUCAUAUACCUGGAAGGUCUCCUGUCAAGCUGAUUGAAAACAAUCUACUAAGAUUACUUAUAAGCUUGUACUCGGACUUUUUGAUACGCCAAGGCUACUCAGCAGAAGAAAAAGUACGAUUUUUGUUAAAAGUUACCUAUAUUCUAAGAUUUAAGAUAAGAGAUUUGAGACGCGAGGAAAUAAAACGGCUUACCAAUGCAGCACCUAAUCAACGCAAUCCUCGUAGAAAACUACGUUACACUGAUUAAAAUAGAAUAACUAAGAAAUCUAAAUCAAAUGAAACAUACGUUGAAAAUGUUUUAUAAGGCUUUAUCUUAAUUCGCAUUAUUCCAUUCUUAAUUCUUAAUUCUCAUUAUUAUUGAUUAUUUUCAAACAAGAGAGUAGUUUUGACAUGAUCUCAUCUCAAAUAUUGUGAUUUAAAAGUUUGAAGAAAAAAAUUUCUUUCUAGUAUUAUGUACAUUUGUACAAUUGAAAUAAUUACUUUUUAUUUUAAGUUUCAUUAGUAUUUG